AUGCCCAGCAUCUUCUCCCGCCUCAAGGGCAAGGACGGCCCGACCAAAAUCAAGUCCAAGAAGAACGCCCACCUCGACAACCUCACCAGCCAGCUGCCCCCGAAACCGCGAUGGGAAGAUGCCUGGACAAGGGCGACUGUCGAGCCUGAGGAGAUUCACGAAUUGAUCAAGCGUUGCACAGAGGAGCUCAAGGCUCGAGCCCUCGACCUACCAUUCCUCCUACUACCUUUCCGACCAACCUCCGAUCCCAGUGCAGUGCGCACCUUCGUGCGACACUUCUUCGACAACAAUGGAAGCUUGCGAGGCGAGCCUCUGGCCCAAGAGCUGCGGAUGACCGAACCAAUGGUUAUCUCGGGAGUGAUCAAAUGGUGCUGGAGCAGAUUGCAGGGCGGCAUUGUUGGCUGGGACGCCUACGAGCUGUUCAAAGUGGGCGAGCAAGAUUCUAACAUGGCACGCGAUUCGUUCAAAACGUUUAUUCCGCUGAGCGUGGAGAACGGGGCGCGCUCGAGCAUUAUCUUUGACUUUUUCGACCUCCUGUCCGCACUCGCUGCACACGGAAAGACGAACGGUUUCGGAGGGCGCAAGCUGUCCCGGAUGGCGGCAUGGUGGACUUUUGAGCACAAGGACACGGGCAGCGGCUUCGACGGCGGCUAUAGGGCCUGGCUAAGCGCCGCCGAUGCCACUAGUCACUUGUUCUUCGCCUACCUGCGCUCGCUAGCGCCACAGCCGAGCCGCGGUGGCAUUUCGAUGCUGCCCAUGUCUCUGCAGAAGCUCCUCCAGGAGACCGAGUACCCGCCUCAGACGCCCUCGCUGCUGAUGUCAUCAACGAACAGGGUCCAGAUGAUCGUCGACACUGUCUCGCCCACACCGUUUGCCCUGCUACGGAGAGCCAAUCACUUUCAGUAUCGCGACGAGGACAGAGCUCUCAGGGAGUACUCCGAGUACGAAGAUCCAGUCCAGGCCCUGACGGAGGAGUGCCGUAGAGUUCUUAAGGCGAUUUCCGCGGCGAACCAGACUCAGGCUGUCUCGAGCUCCAAGCACUCUACUAGCUUACGUGAUGCAUCAUGGUCACGAUUCGAGGACAUUGGCUUUACCGGUACCUUGGACGAGGAGGAUGAAGACGAGGCGGCCAGUCAACCUGCUCCCCGGAGGCCGGGUCUGAGAACAACCCCGGCAUCAGGUGCAAAUCUGGGCAGACCGACCACGCCGUCGUGGGCAGACUUCUUAUCAUCUGGAUUUGUCGAUGACGCACCAAACAGCCCCUCCAAUCUUCUCCUGCCCCCUGACAAGAUCCUCCCGCCAAUUGAUUCCACAGUACGACAACGCAGCUCUCAGUCUCACCGACCUAGGCUCGAGACUGAGCGUCACCUCGAGCCAGGCGAGCUUGCCAGCAUUAUCAAUUUCGAUCUAGAUGACUCUUUCUGGUGGGUAUGGAUGGCAAGUUUGGCUCCGGAAGAGACAGCCGAGAGGAAAGCUGCUUUCGGCCGGUGCGCGGUCAUCGAGACCGUCAUUCGAACCGGCCGCUGGAUCGUGAUGGAGGAAAUGGUCAAGGGAGCGGCACCGGAGCCUGCCGCAGGCGCUUACAUUGCUGAGAAGAAGGGCUUCUUCAGCUGGACCCGACGGAACAAAGGCAUCUCUCGCAGCAAGUCAACCGGGCAACACGCCCUGAACAAGGGCGAUAACGGCAAGCUGAAAACCAGCGCCACCAUGGGUUUUAGCAAGACCAGCAUUGGUCCGGACCAACAGGCUAAGAUUCAGGCAGCGGCAGCCCAACUGCAGGCCAAGCAGGAGCGCGAAAGGCAGGCAGCAGCAGCGCAGCAGGCACAGUCCACCCGGCGCGGUCGCAAUGAUACGGAUCUCAUGCACGAGAAGACUAAUAGCGUGAUGACUCUUCAGCCAGUCAUCAUGAGCGAGGCUUCGCCGGCGAUGAAGUGGGCGAACAAGUAUGACAAGGAGGCUAUCCGAGAAGCGUAUCUUGCAAACACGAACGCUGGCCGUGGCAUUGCACAGUCAACGAUGGUGACAAACGGUACUCAUACGCCGGCUACGAAUGGCUAUGAGUUGAGACCAGAGCCUCCUUCCAAAGCCCCAUCAUUACAGCCUCAGCCAUCGCCAUCAAUUCUGCCUACAUCUCCGUCCCGUCAAGAGCUGGAGGUGGAGCAUCCCGCCUUGGCAGAGAAGGCUGUGGAAGCACCAGCGGACUUGCACCCAGCAGUCGUCCCGGUACGCAGCCAAUCACCGCUACCGCCGCUGCCUCAGGAGGAGCCUGAUAGUCCUGAGCUCGCCCGCGAGACCAUGGUCUCUCCUGAACCCGUCAAUCUCAGCCCAAACAGCAAGAAACAGCAGAAGAAACUCCACAAGGAUAUCAAGGACAAGGAGAAGACUAGUGGUUUCAGAAAGCUAUUUGGCCGUAACAAGCGGGCCUCCAAGCUUCCCGAGAACGCCGCUUCCGAUAUCAACGGCAUGCUAGCUCAACAGCCGCCACCGGCUCCUACACCGGAGCCGACUCAAGUCGCACCUCCUUCUCCUCUUCAGAAGCCUGCGAUGCCGAGACAAGAGACCGAGUACGCAACUCCAAUGGAGACAAUGGAGGAUGCUGGCGAACGCACACCGAUUGCUCAGACUCCGGGCAGCUUCCACACGCAGGAUCAGCCGUCGUUCCAGCCGUCAUACGCUCCGUCCGUUAACGAUUCGAUCUCCCGCGUGGACACCGCAGACGCGGCGGAGGCCCAUCACGAGUUCUCACGCUUCGACCAGGGCCCGCUGGCUGAUCAGCCCGCCUUCUCACCUGCCGAUGAUUCAGACAAUGAGACUGACGACGCGAUCCCGCCUCCGAUUGCUAGACGCAAGGCGCCGUCGCCUUCGCCUUCCCCUGAGCCUGAGGUCACACCGACGGAGGAGAAGCCGAACCCGGUCCCGGUACAGGACCGCUGGGCACAGAUCAGGAAGAAUGCCGCUGAGCGUGCCGCGCAGCGCCAGAGCGAGGAGCAUAGCCGUGGCGGCCAGAGCAAGACUACCGAUGAUGGUGAUGAUACAAGCGGAGAAGAGACUAUCGAAUCCCGCGUCGCUCGCAUCAAGGCUCGUGUUGCUGAACUCACAGGAAACAUGGAAGGCACCAGCAGCCCCGGGAACCGAACACCACCCGUUCGUCGUUGA